AUGACUCUUAACGUCAGGGUUCUAGACAAACGGAAAGAGGUCGACGAAUGUUUUAUGCAAUCUGAGAAACAACAUCCUGAGUCAAAGGCAAACAACCUUAAGUCCAUGUGCAUUUCUUUUGGAUGUGAGGAUAGCUCAGUUUCAACUACAGCUGGAACUGAAGGUCCUAAAGUUCACCAACCUAGCACUGCAAGCCAGCUAGAGCAUUUUCCUUUAGUAGGAGAUCUUAGAGUUCUUGCUGGUUAUAUAUAUCUAGAAAUUUCGAAGGCAGUGGGUGUUGUUGCCAGUGAGUUUGGUGUGGUAAGGUCGGAUGUGGUUGUUAGAGUUGAGUGGAGCACAAAAAUUGUAGUGUCAAAGGCAGUCACACGUAGAGAGGUGUCAAAGGCAGUCUCACAUAGUGAGAAGGACUUUAUGCUUUCUUUGAAAAGUUAA